UUCAGCGAGCGGUGGGCGUGCCUGGCAGAGGCGCGCUCGCGGUGCUUUGGUGCAGGCUACUGUAUUUUUUCGGACUUUUUUUUCUUUUUUUUGCCUCAUUCUUUCCGCGCAGGCGUCCCUGCCAGGCGUCCGCGAGCCGGUGGGGCCCUUGAACGUUAGGGCGUGGCCAGAGAGGCGGCGCGGGGCGCGGCGGGUCCUUUCGGCCGAGCCGUCGCAGCCGAUGCCGGCCCCGGCCCACCAUGUACUACAAGUUCAGCGGCUUGGCGCAGCGCCUCGUCGGGGCCACGGCGGCCGCCGCCUACAUCCCACAGGGACUCAAAUCAUUAGUUCCCACUGAUCCGAUUUUUGGGACAAGUAAACCUGCUCCAGGUUUACCAGCAACUGAUACUUUCUUGAGUACAAACAAGGUGCCAGACCUACAGAAAGUUUUCCAGAGAUCAGAUGGGCUGCCAGUACACCUGAAGCGAGGAUAUCCGGAUAGGAUGCUCUAUCGGAUCACGAUGGCUCUGACAAUAGGAGGGACUUUCUACUGUCUGGUAGCACUGUACAUUGCCUCACAGCCAAAAUACCGAAAGUAAUGAACCUCAUGGGACUCUCAGCACUCCUCUGAAGGACCUCCUGCAUGUACCACUUUGCACUUAAAUCUGUUCCCUGUGAUCACAUAGGGUUCAUUAUUCAGGUCGGAUUUCUUCGAGAAAAUGUUUUUAAAUCGGUUGCCUUAUGUAUUCUAAAACACCAAUACAAACAGAGAAAUACAUUAUUUUAACAUA